AGAGUUUAACCGACCCAACAUUUAAGAUUUAAAUUAUACAGGCCCAAGUUGAUGACCUGUCAUUAGAAAGGGGAGUAAUAUAACUAGAAAAUAACAUUUCCUUAAUUUCAAUCAAGUCAUUACCUAUAAUAUCCUAUCCUAUACCUAUUAUCACUUUCAAUAAUUAGGGUAAACUACAUAGCAUAAGUUGCCACAUUGCACACCUACCACAAACUAGUAAACCUACACACCUCAAAUACAUACAACACAGAAUUUAUAGCAUAACGCCAUAGAUAUUCAUAUCAUGUCUGUCUCCAUCCAAAAUAGAACUAUAGAAUUUCAACAAUGUGUGUCAACGUAUGAUAAGAUAAACAAAAAGCAAAGACAUGCUCAAGGUUUAGGAGGCACACCGUCAUCCAACAUCCCACCCAAGAAGUCACAGUUUAGUCAACAAGCAAGUAUUAUAGCCAAGGAUAUUUCUCACGUUACUGAAUUGUUGAGUAAAUUAGCAUUAUUAGCAAAACGUAAACCAAUCUUUGAUGAUAAACCUAUUGAAAUUGGAGAAUUAACCUAUGUUAUCAAACAAGAAAUCUUUAAGAUUGAAACUAACAUUCAAAAUUUACAAAAGUUUACUAAAGGUGACCAUUCGAUUCAAAUCGAUUCCCAAAUUUCUCAAUAUUCUAAGAAUGUGUUGAAUUUGUUGAAUUCGAAAAUGAAGAAUAUCUCUGGAGAAUUCAAAAAUGUUUUGGAAAUUAGACAACGUAACGAGAUUGCCAAUAAGAAUAGAACAGAGAAUUUCUUGUCAAGCUCAGUUUCUAGUCGGGGUGCCCUGCCAAUGUUACAUAAUGAAAACCCAUUUGCAUCAAGUUCAAGUUUAAAUAAUUCACCAUUCGAUCCAGACAAGGCAAUUACCAGUAGCACUGAUACUGAUCUAGUCUCUUCUCCUUAUGGGAAUAGUGGAGAAUACUUGACAUUACCUAAACAAACCCAACAAAUGCUAUUGAUGGAAGAACAAUCUACACAAUACCUUCAACAAAGAAACCGUGCAGUUGAAACUAUAGAAUCUACUAUAAACGAAGUAGGGAACUUGUUUCAACAAUUGGCCACCAUGGUUAGUGAACAAGGUGAACAAAUUCAAAGAAUUGACGAAAAUGUUGAAGAUAUUAGUUUAAAUAUUAGUGGUGCUCAAAGAGAAUUAUUAAAGUACUAUGCUAACAUUACCAGUAAUCGUUGGUUAUUCUUGAAGAUUUUUGGUGUCUUGAUUAUAUUCUUCUUUAUCUGGGUUUUAGUUAGUUAAAAGUGGGGUAUUAUCGGUUGAAUUUUUUUUUUUUGCAAUUAGAAUAUGUAGAUAUGUUGGGAAUACUGCUUUAACACAUAAUAUAUAGAAAAGGUUGUUUAUGAGAGUAUAUCCUUAAUAAAAUUGAUACCAUAAGU